AUCACAGAUAAGCCAAAUCGUGAGAAACAAUCACAAAUGUCGUAAGUUCGUGCUUUGCGUCGAAGCAGAUUUGUAAAACUGAACACGAACAUAGAAGAGCUUUCAAAGAAUUCAAUACGAAUAAAAGAUAAACAGGAAAUAUAAAGAUGGGUUGGCGUCAUUCCGCAUUUUUGGCAAGGACAGUUUUAAUUCAAAAUAAAGAUGUCGAUUCUGCAUGUCGUGUUUUAAAUCGAGUUUUGGGCAGAGAAGGAAUUUUUGAUCAAUAUCGACGUACAAGAUAUUAUGAGAAACCAUUUCUCGUACGACGUAGAAUUAAUUAUCAAACUUGCAAAGCUAUUUACGAUGAAGAUAUGUCACGAAAAAUUAAAUUUGUAAUGAGGACUAAUAGAAUAACCCCUCAUCCUGGAUGUAUGUAAUGUAUGUGGAAAUAAAAUUUAUAGUUAAUUUAAUACAUAA